AUGGUCAAGUGGGAUGACAUUACAGUUGGAUAUGAUUCUAAUGAAGAAACUGUCAACUUUGGAACUAGGGCUGUUGCUCUUACUGAAAAUGGAAUUUAUGAAAGUGAAACUUUAGCCACUAUACAUACUUCUGAUAAGAUUGAAUGUAAUAUAUUGCCUCAUUGUAAUGCUAUAUAUAACAAUAAAGUUGGAGUAUCUGUGGCUAGUGAUAAAUCAUUUACCUUAUUUGAUUUAAAGUUUUCAACAGUUGUUUUUAACAAAUCCUUCAAAGACAAUAUUGAGUGCUUUCAAAUAUCAGAAUGUGGAACAUUUGCCUUCAUAGGUCUUCAAAAUCUAGACUUCAUUUGCUUAUAUUUACCCAUCCAGGAAAUAGUGUUUUCAAAGAAUCUAGCUUCAGAUUUUGGAUGUCCUCUAGAAGACAAGUUAAAUUUUAUCAAUAUUAUAUCUAGAUGUACUGAAGACCAUUUUGAAGUUUAUGCUUUUGUUAAUAAUGGUCUUAUUGUCAGAGUUUCAGGAAACAAUCUUAAACUUGUAAAUGGAUUUAACAAUGAUAACUAUAAAGAAAAGAUCGAGAAAUAUAAUGCUGAGCUUUUAUAUGAAACUGUUAGAAAACCUUGCACUAUUGUUUCAAAAUUUGCUGUUUCAAAUUUCCUUCAGGUCUAUGAUAAAAAUUUGUUUUUUAUUUUUGGUGAUAGUUUUUCUACUUGGACAAAAGAAGAUGGAAAAACUGAUAUCAUAAAACUUACUACAGAUCAUAAUAUUAAAAAGUUGGGCAUUCCGUCUUCAGGAAAUGUAAUAAUCUGCCUAUCAGAAGAAGGAUAUUUCCUUCUCAUUUGUCUUCACACAUUACAAGUCAUUACUACGUGGAAAAAAGAAAAAAUUAAAGAUUUCACAUUUGUUGAUACUGUGGAACACAAAACAGUUUUUUCAAAUUUGCUGGUCAUUACUGAAUCUGAUGUACCAGAUCUUUGUCUUAUUGAAUUACCAGUAUUCAAAGUAAAACUACGCUUAAAAAUAUCCUCUCCUUCUUUUCUUGUAUACAAUCAAUCAAGCUUAGAAGACAUUUUAUUUAUUGAUGGUUUUGGAGAAAUUGGAAUUGAUACAUUACGAGUAAAAGCUGUUACUGAAAGUCAGCCUGAGUUUAGGUUAGAUCGAUUAUUACAACGAAGGAAAUUUUCCGAAGCUGAAAAGUUUGCAAGAGACCUCAGUCUGUCUUUGGAAGAGGUUUAUAAAUCCAAAGUUUUAUGGUUAAUGGGUGAACUUCAACUGUGGAUUAAAACGCCCUCAGAACUUAUAACUGAAUACUUUCAGCAACUUUGCUCUCUUUUGGAAGAAAUAAAGGACGUUGAAUUUGUUGCUGAAUGUUGUUUGAAAACGGUAGCUCCGCAUCUGAAAAUGAUUCAUUAUCUUCUUGACUAUGCUGGGAAAAGACUUCGACAUCUUAAAUCAUCUUCUGAUAACAUUUUAAAACUGAUGAAUGAUGUGAACAAAGCCACUGUUACUCUUGGAACAUUUAUUCAAAUUAGUGAAGAUACCACAUCACCUGAAAAUUGGCUCAUAUUUUGUAAUUCUAAUCCAAUUAUGAUCUGUUUAAAGUACCUAUCAAAAGCAGAAAUCAGUAAAGCUGUAAUUGUUUGUAGAAGGCACGAAGAAAGAAUACGUAAUGAACUGCCUACCGGAGUAGCAAUAGAUCUUUUUGAAUCAACUCCUCUCUCAGUUCCAGUAGAAGGGGUCCUCAAAUGGUUAAAAACAUAUGUUCCAGUACUUCUUAAAACUCAUCCUGAUUUACUUGGCCAUUUAGUGCAAUGGAUAAUUGAAAGAACCAAGACAUUAGAACUUCAAGAUACCUCAUUUUGGCCAGAUAAGGGUCUUAAUUUUGUGAAGGAUAUCAUGAAUAUUAUAUAUGCCCUUCCUUCAUCAGACCCUCGUUUGGAGUUACCUCCUCUUCAGGAAAACUCAAGAUUUGCUUUUUCACCCAUUUUUAGAUUGACGUCCUUAGCAAAGCAUGUGUAUGAGCUAUCAAUAUUGAAAAGUGAAUAUUCAAUAUCUAUUGAUUUUGAUGAGUACAUAACUACAAUAGAAAGAGAGAAUGGUAUUCAAGAAGUUGUUUUCUUGAUAUUAGACAAUGUAUCUCAAAAAACUAUUCCAUCUUUAAUAUCUGGAUUUCUUAAGAAGUUUUGUACUGAGCACUUCCUUGAAUUGGAUUCCUUGUUAUCACAGUAUAUUUCUAGUUUAGCAAGAAUUUCGUCUAGUUGGGGUGAUAUAGAAAGUUCUUGGGAGUCACGUGCAAUUGCCUUUAUUAACUUAAUUAAAAAUGUUCAUCAUAAAAUGAGUGCGAUUGAAACUACUGUUGCUAACGUCACUGUUCCAUGGAGUGCUGAGGUCAAUAUGCUUGCGAAAUACGCUAUCAGUGUUGAUCAUCCUCUUGCUGAAAAAAUUUAUUUGCAUGCAAACAAUGUUCCAAAAAAAAUUAUAUUUAAGAAGUAUGGCCUUACUGAUGUCCACUACUUUCAUGUAUAUGGUUUAAUUAAAUAUAUUUACAAACAAGGAUAUGAAAAUAUGAUUGAGGAUGCUAAACAGCUCAUAACAUCUACUGGCCCCUCUGCAUUUAUAUUACCUUAUGUCUCAUAUCUUUUACAUACUACAGAAUCAGGUGAAAUAGAAAAAGGUAUACAACUUUUAAAAUCUGAAUUGGAUUCUGAACAAAUGGAAAAAGUUAUUGAAAGAACGCUGUCAUAUUUAAUUUGUUUACUCCAGAACAGAUAUGUCCAUGAGCAUGAUAAGCAAUUCGAAGCUCUGUUCAUAUUACAUUCUUCACUGAUGAUUACUAAUUCUCCACUUGCCACGGAGUUGGAAGAGAAGAUCAAAUUUAUUUAUGCACUUCAUACUUUAAAGGCAAAAUAUAAAAUGGAUGUUUCAUUUAGUUCUUUAUUUCAAAGUGCUUCUAAAAGAGAAAUGUACUUGCAGGAAUAUAUUACCAGUUUGAGUCUUUCAGACGAUUGUAGCAAAGUGAAACAGAUUACCGAAGAUACAUGUCAUGUUGCAUAUUUGCUUAAUCUACCUAAAUCGCAAGGUUUAUUAUCAUUAGGUUUCUAUUGCGCAGAAUCUCAUCUAAUCAAUCUUGGUGCUUAUGUUGCCAGGACAUUACUGAAAAGCGAAACACAAUUUUUUGAUUUACAUGCUGAUAAAAUAUUGGAAUUUAUAUCUGAAUUUCUUCAAAUCACCAUUAGCCAAAAUAAAAUUGAUGAAAAUGUAGGUUCAGCUUGUUACAACCUCCUGAAAAAGAUUGCUCUUUUCUGUUCAUCAAGAAAUGGGAAAAAAGUCUUAGAUCUUAUUUCAUUAGCAACUCUUUCCUAUUGUUCAAAACCUGUUAUGGUUUCUCAAGUUUUUAAACAUAUGUACACUGAAACAGAAAUUACCAGCGUUCAACCUUCUCCGGUACUAUGUCAGAAAGUAUUUAAAGUUAACUCUGGUGAUAAAGGAAUAAUGGGCCAGGAUUUUAUUCAAGAAGUUGAGAGUACAUUUCGUGAUUUACCAUACAACUUAACUUCUAUUUAUAGAAUUCAGACUAUCAUUUGGACAUUACUUCCAUUUGAAGCUUUAACAAAUUUAAAACAAAUGGAAUUUUUAAUGGAAGAUAAACUAAGUAAUGUCCUAAUUAGGGUUGUUUUUUCGAGGAAUGUUGAUUUACAAUUAGCUUUGAGUCUUUUCAGUUUAUUCCAGCAAGAAAAUGCCUUUAGGUGGCUUGAUACCUACAAAAGAAAUCAAAUAGGAAACUUGAAAAAUUCCUCAUCGGUAGCUUUAGUCGGGAAGUAUUAUUCAAUGCUCACUAAAAAAAAAUUUAACUAUAGAACUUUUGCUGAAACAUACUUGAAAAGUGAAUGGUUUAGAAAGUUACAACGUUUUGGAAUUCCACCUAAAGUGGCAGAUAGUCGUUGUGAAACUCAUGAAGGCAAAAGAACCCUCCUAUUGAGUUUGAUGAAUUGUCAGGGAAUUGAUUUAGCAUUGAUUCAUAAUUUUUGUAAGGAUAUGAGUUUUAGUUUUCAAGAAUGUCUUAAGCUAUAUUUAGAACAUACUCUACUCACAUGGAAACCAAAAUUUGAAGAAGUUACAAAUCCCAAAACUGGAAAGUCAGAAUUGCAGCUUCUAACAAAAAAGGAUGAUUUAUUUUUAAAAUGUUCUCAAAUUGAAGCUCUUAUAAGAAAUAGUGAUGACCUGGUAGAUUAUCUUAAAAAAAAUGUUCUUCAAAAGGUAAAUUUUUACUAUUAUGAAGUUCAUAUAGUGAUUGUUGAUCUCAUCAUUAAGUUGUCACCAACUCAUCAAGAAUUAUUCCGUCAGCACCUGCAAUUAUUAUUAUUCCUAAUGUCAUAUGAAAGAAUUAGUGUUCUUUCUAGUGAAGAAACAGAUAAUUGGUUCCAUUACUUUCCUGAUGUCUCUACAGUGCCUCAGAUUUCAAAAUAUCGCCUCCCCUUUGCACCAUUGCCUCCUGACCCCUGGAAAAUAAUAAAACCAGAAUUGAGCCUCAAAACAUAUAAAUUAUGGUUAGACGCUCCCAUGUGGUUCAGUGUGUCUUUGGACAAAGAUGUGAUUUGUUCCUUCACUAUUAUGAACUUGAAAGGAGAAAUACCGAAUAAUUCUGAAUGGAAUCUACAUUUCCAAUAUAAAUCGCUCAUGAAUGAUAUAGAAGAAUGUAUUUGUAAGAUAAAAAAUAUAGAAACUGCUGUGGCUGCAUCCUAUUGUGUUGUAAAUUACAUAAUGCCACCAGGUGCGGAUCGAGUUGAUGCUGCUCAAAGAUGUUAUCUCAAAGCUCAGGAAUGGUACUCGAUGGAAAAAUCUGAAAAUGCUCGUGUUGGAUUAGUAAAGGCUGAGAAGAAAUACUUGACAGUUUCUACAUACCAUAUAUUAUACAAAUAUCAGCUUGCAAAACCAGAAUACUUAUCUGUGUCAUUACAGCCAGUGAAUCUCAUUACUGCAUUAUAUCAUGAUCCUUCAAUUGUUACCAGGACUACAGACUUUACUGCACCUAAACCAGAUAUUAAUAAAGCUGUGAAACGUAUAGCUGAUUUAUAUGACAUAAAAUUGACGUCCGUAAUAACUGAAUUAUUAACAGAUUGGUUACAGCCUAAUAGUUCGUUGAAUAAUUCUUUUGAUGACAGCUUUGCUGUUCCUUCAUCUGCUCUUCAGUAUUCAGAUAAUAUUAUCAGGGCGUGCUAUAUUCUCAUCGGUUAUAGUGAAAUCCGCCAAUUGGAAAACCAUCUUGUGAACAUAGCAUUUGGUCAAGAUCAACGAACUAAAUCGGCCGGAACAAGAUUAAGGGCCCUUCAGUGCCUUAGAGCUAUCAACAGCAAUAAAGAUUUGGAAAUUUUGACAGCAAGAGAUAUUUCUUCUAUAAGAGAUUAUAUGUUAACUUUGGAAUUCAUAUCUGAGUUAGAAAAAUUUGCUUUGGAUUAUUCAGUUGCUGGAUUUGAAAGUUGCUCUAAAGAACAAAUUGUUACAACUUUAAUUAAACGUUCAUGCCCUGGAGCAAUUUCACUUUCUGCGAAGAUUUGCAUAACUUACAAAAUAUGGAAUGCAUCUCUUUGGGAAUCACUGCUAAUUAAUAUGACAUCUCUUAGUAUGGUCAAGGUUUUAGAAUUUAGUCUUCCAGAAUUAUCUCAUAUGUCUGAUCAAUUAAAUGAAAAAGUAUUGAUAUCUGCUUGGGAGUGUUUGAUAUUUUCUUUACUAUUGAAAGUAAGAGGUGGUAAUGAAUAUCUAGAAGAAAUUGAUAGGUGUUUUGAUCUUCUCCAGUCUUGCCCAGUAAUGUCUAAUUUAAAUUUGGACAAAAUUCUUUUACUCUUCAAAGAAUUGAAUCGCCAUGAUCUCGCUGAUUAUUUAGCGAAGAGUAAGAUGUAAAUUAUUGUUUAUAUGAAAAACUGUCAUUGUAAAUUUGUAAAAACACAAUAUAUUUAAAUUAUUAUUUUAUAUGUAAUUUUUAUCUUAAAGUUAUGCUGGAAAUAUAUUUUUUAAAUUGAGAAAUUUAUACAAAUAAAUAUUCUAAAGAAAUUUUAUAAAUGAUUUGUCAUUAGUCAUCAGUUUUCUUACCUAUUUAGAUUGCCAAAAUAUUUAAUCAGGAUUAUCAUUGAUUUCAUCUUUGUAUUUAUUUUUUACUCUUCAGAAUGUAUAUCUGUAAGUAGCCUUUCCCCAGUUUUUUGGGCUCAUCAAUAGAUGAGUAGGAUAAUGACAGAACUUAUCCAGGACCAUCUGUGUUAUAAUUAAUCCAGCUUUAAUUAAUAGAUAGAUUGAGUUGUAUAUGAGAAUGGCGAAUAAAACAGGUGAAUCAGCUGUACUAGUUAAGAGAGCGCUCUGAGUACCGAG